AGCUCACGCGGCGGGUUCUGAGGCCUGGGCGUGAUGGAGGCCCCGCUGACCUUUGCCGACGUGACCGUGCACUUCACCCCAGAGGAGUGGCAGCUCCUGGCCCCCGCGCAGAAGGCCCUGUACCGGGAGGUGAUGCUGGAGACCUACAGCCACCUGGUGUCCGUGGGUUACCAAGUCUGCCGACCUGACACGUUCUCCAGGGUGGAAGGAGACGGACUGCCAUGGACACCGGAAGCAGAAAUGCAGAGGUUCCCGGUAUCAGAAAUCUCAGCUAUUGAAGAUUAUCUGCCACAACCGUCACAGCUUGGGAACGUGGAGAACAAAGUAGAACAAUGGCAGAGAACCCAAAAAAUAAAGAAACCUCACAUAUACAGGGACUGUGGAAAAGCCUUCAGGAGCAAAUCUCUGCUCAGUGACCACUACAACCUUCCCCCAGGAGAGAAGCCUCAUCAGUGUGGUGUGUGUGGGAAAGCUUUUCGCAGGAAGGCCAUGCUCUCGUACCAUCAGAGAUUACAUACUGGAGAAAAAACCUAUGAAUGUACUGAGUGUGGUAAACUUUUUCUCCACAUAACACUACUCAAUAGACAUCAGAAAACACAUACAGGGGAGAACACAUAUAAAUGCAGUGACUGUGGGAAAAGCUUCAAGCACAAGGGAAAUUUCACUGUACAUCGGCGCGUUCAUACAGGAGAGAAACCUUACGUAUGCAGUGAAUGUGGGAAAGGCUUCAGCUACAAGACAUGCCUCAUAGCCCAUGAGAGAUUUCACACAGGAAAGACUCCGUAUCUGUGCAGUAUUUGUGGAAAAUACUUUUCUCAGAAGGCAGGUCUCCUUAAACAUGAAAGAAUUCACACAGGAGAGAAGCCCUAUGAAUGCAGGGAGUGUGGGAAAGCCUUCACCACAAGGCAAAGUGUCAUCGUUCAUCAGAGUGUUCAUACAGGAGAUAGACCCCAUAUGUGCAGUGAGUGUGGGAAAGCCUUCACUACAAAGUAUAUGCUCAAUGUCCAUCGAAUUUCUCAUACGGGAGAGAGACGCUAUAUCUGCAGCGAAUGUGGGAAAGCCUUCCCUACAAAUUAUAAGCUCAAUGUCCAUCGAAUAUCUCAUACAGGAGAGAGUCCUUAUACCUGCAGUGAGUGUGGAAAAGCCUUCCCUACAAAGUAUACGCUCAAUGUCCAUCGAAUUUCUCACACAGGAGAGAGUCGUUACACCUGCAGCGAGUGUGGGAAAGCCUUACCUACAAAGCAGCAGCUCAGCGUGCAUCAGCGGAACCCUACAGGAGAUAAACCCUGUGUCUGCAGUGAGUGUGGCAAAGCUUUUGCCUAUGUGGCUUGUCUUUUUUAUCAUAGGCGAAUACAUCGAGAGAAAUAUGUACAUUUGGUUAAGGUGGAAAAUCCUCCCACUGAGAGGCAUGGCACAUCCCAGACCAGCGUCAUCCUGAGGGAAAGAAACAUUGCCAAUUCUGUCUCUAUGCCAGUGUCUUCCAUGGCCCCUGAGACAUCAUUAAAUGUCCCUGGGCUCCUGGCAGAUGAGAAUGUGGUCCUAGUGGAACAGCCUGUGGCCAGUGGGCCAUCCUUGACAGACAACAGCUGGGUUGCAUGGGACGGAAUCCUCACGGAUCCAGUGAAUGUGAUGGUGCCUUCAGGGUCCCAUUAUGUCUUAUGUUAUUUCGUAGAAAACCAGUAAGAAGGAACUCACACCUCUUUGUGGGAAGCGGUGUGCUGAAGUUGUAGGUCACAGUAUGUGAAAAGAAUAAACUCCACGAAGUCGUGUAACUGCAGCACCUGAGAAGUCUUCUGUACUCACCCUAUCUGUUAAAUACAUGCGUUCGUACUCGGUGGCAUGUGAUGUUAACUAAAUGUGCACACAGUUGGUCUGAUGUGUCACUUGAAUGAAGAUAGUCUGAGUGAGUAGGUGACAUAGAUGAGCUUUUAAAACAGGUAAGACCAUCUGUAUGUGGACUGUUGUAAAAUGCAAAACCACACAAAGGCCAUGAUUGCAACUGUGGGCUGGAAGUUUAUAUCCGUCCUUUUUAUAUCCGUCCUGUUUCUGAAAGUGAAAUGUUGACUGAAAAGUAAAUUCAUCCUUUAACUCUUAGAGGUUUCUGUCAUGUAGAGAGACUUCCUCUGCAAUGCGUGUUCGAUUCCUGGCCAGCCACGGAGGUACUCACAUGGCGCAGCAGACCUCUCCUGUCUCGCCCGCUACUCCCCUCAGCAGUGUCUUUGGUCCAUCUGCCUGUUCUGCUUCCCGCCCUGUUUCUGGUGAAUCCUCUCACCCUCACGUGCUUAUGGCCUAUACCCUGGUACUUGUAUAAAAUAAAAGAAAUCUGGACCACCUUGGUGUAAGGGGUUAAGCAGACUCUACAGCACGAGUUCGAUCCCUGGCUGGCCAGGGAGCAACCAACAUGAAAGCAUACCUCUCCUGUCUCGCCAACUGCUCCCCUCAGCAGUGUAUUUCAGUCACUCUGCCUGUUCUCUUCCCCCCUGUCUCUGGUGAUUACAGAAUCAAGAAUACAAUAUAAACUGGGCAGGGGAGAAAAGGAAAAGCAUCCUCAGAAUACAUAGAUACCGGAAUCUACUCCCUGAGAAUGGAGGAAAACAGGAGAUGGCAGGUGAGAUCUCCAAAUGUUAUCCAGGGAAAUUUUUGUCCCCAGGCUUGUCACCCUUGAAACUGCCACCAUUCUAGAAGAUUCCAGCUCCACUGUUAGGGGCUGAAGGGAGACGUACCUUCUCCUCUGUAGUCCUUGUAUCCUGGGAGUGCGCCCCGGGCCUGUCACUAUUCUGCUUAUUUCUCCUUACUUGUACCCUGUCCACAAGACCUGUCCAAAUCUUCCUGUAGGAAAAGACCUGGAAAGUGACAAUGUGGUGGCUGUCUCCAGUCAGAAAUCCUGGGUGAUUGAGUAAUGGCUUAUCUGUUUUUGUGCACCAUCUGUGUGCUUCACACUGUGAGGAGAUAUUGCAUAAAACAGGCCAAGAAUGGCUUUAUACAUGCUACUCAAUUUGAGAGAGUGAGGAAGGAAAAGGAAUCCAAUGUGUAGGGAGUGGUAAGUUCUGUGAAAAGGGGAUGGAUGGUAAUGUGAUUAGUAUGUGUCACCAGACAACCAGGGCUUUUCUGGAGAAUUAGAAUUUGAACAAGAAUGAAGAACAUGGUCUUCCACCAUAAUUACUGUAGCCAGAGAAUGCGGCAGGAUGAUUUUCGAUUUUCUGCAGAGGCUUCCUGUCCCGGGUAUUCUGUAAAACAAAAGAAUGCAGGUUUCCGAGUCACCCCAGAACUUCUAAGCCAGAAUGUCAGCACUGACGUCCAGGACACUCUUUCAAAUGAGAGCCUAGUACCCACUUAGAUUUGAAGAUGGCUGCCUAAGUCCCCCAUCAUCACCCUCACUUUAUAGCAGGAUGACCCAGGCAGGUCCUGUCCCGUGAGGGGUCUGUCCUGAGUACCCCUGGCCAGCAGGUCUCAUGUCAUCCACGGGUUGCUGGACUGGUCAGACCUGUGAUGGCUGCCCGGAGCUCUGGGGGCACGUGCGGAAUCCACCAUUGAGAAGUUGACACCCAAGGACUAGUAGCCCCUGUGUAUGCCAGGUGCUACCAGCCUCAGUAUAUCUGGGCACCUGCAAAUAAUGGGGAGUACCCUCCACGUGAGUCCUUGGCGCCACACUCAGGAGCAAAGCACAAGCACUGAAAGCGGAAAUGGGGUUUAAUAAAGGGGCAGGUGGAGAGUACAUUGGCCAGGAAAGGACGCUGCUGGCAGGGCUGCAGGAGUGGGCUGUGAAGCCGCAGAAGCCCCCUCCCUGCUGUCCCCACCUGCCUCUGCUGAGCGAUGAGCAGGACACUCCGGGGAGAAAAAGAAAACGAUAAGCCCAGAAACACCUGUAGGGCAACCUGUUGCGCCCAUCCAGCACCCAAGGCUGCUCCCUCUGCCUUCCCAGCCUCCCCCCACGCCGUCCAGUUCGUGGCAUACGGGGGAGCUGGGCUAUGCAGGUGGGCUGUGGAGGAGGUGACACCCGCCCCUGGGCCGCAGUGGCCCUCCCUGGCCUCACAGGACAUCCCGUAACACCAGCUUCCAAACAGGAACCACCCUCACCUGCUU